GUCAAAGUUCAGGCCAUACAAAUAUAUUAAAGGGGUAAACGGUGAAGGUUAUUCUGUUGAAUUCUAAAAAAGAAUAUGAGUAAAUGACACACUAUUGACUAUACUGCCAGCUUGAAUGGAGAAAACUACUAAUUUAAUUUCCCAGUGCCGUUCAAACAACAUGGGCAAGAUUCCGUGAAGGGGAAGGAAGAAGAAGAGUGAUUUCGCCGACUACACGCAUUUCUAUGUUGCUGUCUUGUUUCCGAUAACGGGUGAGGUUAUGGUCACACUCUUUUUUUUUAAUAAGUGGGAUGGCCUAGUGUUUUUUUCCCCAUAAUUAUUGUAACAUGGGGAAUUUUUUUCCCUACAACAUAUUGUCCGCUUUGGACCUCUACACUCGCACAGAUUUCGAUUUGGAAUGCAAUUCAGGGUGAUUUCUCAUAAGGUCACUUAUCCUUGUUGUACUACACCUUAACACGUUUAACUUCGGAGUUCUCACAAGAACUCCUUCAUUACACCCCAAAACGCGUCUUGUCAGUUAAUGUCGGUUUCUUACUUAUGAACCAUGUAUCUCUCUCGUGCUUUGUCGAUGUGGAAUUUGUCUAAGGUGUUACAUACAUGAUACACCCCCCCUGGGACUCAACGCCCUCGUUGAGGUUUGCCCCACCAUCGGUCAAGAGGGACGGGGAGAGGCUCUGAUACCACUUGUAACAUCCCGAACCUUUUCCCGACAAGAUACUGUCCGCUUUGGGCCUCUACACCCGCACAGAUUUCGACUUGGGGUGCAAUUCAUGGUGACUUCCCAUAAGGUCACCCAUCUUUGUUGUACUUCACUUUGAGCACGUUUAACUUCGGAAUUCCCAAAAUAACUCCUCCAUUACACCCCAAAACGCGUCUUGUCAGUUAACAUCGGUUUCUUACUUAUGAACCAUGGAUCUCUCCCAUGCUUUGUCAAUGUGAGAUUUGCUUACAAUUAUUAUCAUAAAGUAACUAACAUUUGUUAUUACGAAUUCAUUUAAAAAUGUUAAUAUAACACUAUCAUACACUAGUAAUAAUUAUUUUCACUAAUGUCAAUAACAAAAUUGUAUUGGAGAUUUGGAGUCAAUAAAAAAAUUAUAUAAUUAAUAAUCAUUUCAAAAUGUUUGUAGUGUUAUUAUAUAUCAUCAAUAAUUUCUUUCACAAAAACUAACAGCGAAAUUUUAUAUUGUUAAUAAUCAUUUUCAAAUAUUUCAAAACAUUGUUGUAUACAAUUAAUUUUUCUCUCCAUAAACAUUACUAAUGCUAUUUACGCAAUUAAUAAUUUCUUCACAAAAAAGUAAUAACAAAAUUGUCUAUUAUUAAUAAUUCUUUUCGGGUUGGGCUCAGUUGUGAACAAGCUAUUACAGGUAUCUUUUAUCAAGCCCGGCCCAAUUGGUAAAGUUGAAGUCUUCACCGAAUCACCGUCCAGUUUCCUGCAAACUUCUCCGAGACGUCUCAUUUUCACAUAAACCCAAAGUUUGCGCCCGCUGAAUCUCCCGCGCAAAACGAAUUCUCAACCUAUCUUCCAGAAGAAUCAUCCAAACAAGUCGAAAGAUUGAAUAACCUACCAUCCCAAGCCACCGUCUCCCGCCAUGGCCGCCGCCGUAGCAGCCGCCUCCGACGCGACGACCAGCCGAUUAAGCGACGGAGAACCUCAUCCGCUAACCGACGCCGAGAUCGUGCAGCUCGCCCAGCGAGGGGAACUCCAUCCUUACUUGCUUACCGCCUCCUCUCACUCGGCUCUCCUCGCCCACCUCCAAGCUCGCUCGCUCUCUCCUUCACCGUCGCCGGCGGUGUCCGAAUACGUACUCUCUCUUCUCUCUCUCAUUUCCCUAUCGCCGGAUACUCCCUCGCUACCGUCUCUUCUCUCCGCCCUGCUCUCUUCCUACACUCGGUUGUUCCUCUCCCGCCAGAUCCCUCACGAUUCGAAUUCCUCGAAAACUAUUAACCUCUUCACUACGCUCCUGCACAAUAUCGCCAUCGAUGAUCUUCAGUCGGUGGUGGAGUCGAUUGUGGACGACUUGUUCGGAAUAGAGAGUUUGGAAGACGCGCAGAUUCUCGACUUUCUUCCUGGCUGUUGUAAUUUGAUUUUCCAGGAAAAUCGUAAGGAGUUCGUGGAUUCGAUGCUGGAUAAGGUUAUGAUGAGCGAAUGGUCGAAACCGCUGCUGAUUAAGCUGGUUUCUGUUGUAAAGGAAUUUUUGGGUAUUUUUGACAAGGGGAGAGGGAUAGAGUUUGUACAGAAGGUGUUCGAUGGAAUGCCCAUGAUAGAUUUGCAGGAUUUGCCGACACUUGUGUAUCAGUUGUUGGUUUUGGCUUCCAAAGGAUUCAACAAGAGAGAGGUGCUUGAAGGGAUUGUGAAGUAUUUUGGGGAUGAAAAACGGUCGAGGAAAGUGAGUUCCACUGUUAGGCAAGUGGAGGGAACUGUGCUGCUUCAUGUCAAUUUCGCUGUGAAGCAGGAUCCUUCUCUCGUUCAGGAGAUUAUUGGGCUUGUGAAGUUGGACUUGAGGGCUUUUAAUCAUUUCACCGUUGCUGUUUUGCUCUCUGUUGCGAGGGUUAGAAGGUUCAGCGAGAACUCGAUUGGGGCACUCAAAAUGGGGCUGCUUAAUGCUUACCGCGAUUACAAGUGUGCUAAUGACUGUAAGUGGCUAACACAGGAGCUAAAAGAAGAGUAUCUGCAGAACGUUCAGACACUGGAGAAGGCUGUUCUAAGAGCGGUUAAUGAGAGCACCUGUGGAAGGGAACAUAUUUUGCCUACUAUGGUGCAGUUCAGCUUUGUACUGUUGGAGUCAUCUGAAGAAGGUAGUUUCGGAGAUCCAUCUGAUUCUGAUGGCCUGCUUGGCAUCAAGGAGCUCAGUAUUCGGAUGCUCAUGACUCUUUUUGAGGUUCAUGACAUGGCAAGAAAUGAGAUAAUAGAUCAGUGCAAAUUUCGCAUUCUGUGUCUGAAGCCAGAGCGGAGCAUUCCAAUCACAAGACUGCUAGGCCAGCUAGUCCAAGCAUUUCCUCUCCCAAUGUCGGACCAUGUUCCCCGCUUGAAGGAACUGUUGGACUACUUCACUCAUAUGCCCAACAAGGUCGCCACUCUUCUGGUUGCUGCUAUAGUGCCGCUAGCCAAACAUAGUCGCCAUCUUCGGGAUUAUAUGAUCUUGGUAUUGCGCAAGGCUAUAUUUAGCCGGGAAGAUGCGGUCCGUCUUGCUGCAACUAACGCCAUUUUCCGUCUUAUUCUAGUGGAAAGACAAUCCACUAGAGACGGGUUGUUUGCCUUUCAAGACUCGUCAAGCCAGGCAAGUAGCAGCCAGCAAAAUGGCAUGCUGCCAUGUGGCAUCAACGGAGGAGCUCUCUUUCAUGAGCUAAGUGGUUUGCUGCGUAGAUGCCUUUGUCAACAGGCAAAAGUAAGGGAGGUCAUCUAUUCUGCUCUUCUGAAGCUUGUCCUAGUAGACCCUGCCAGUGGGAAACUCGUGCUUGAUUUUCUUUUGCCUCACUUCCUGCUGUUCUUCAAGGAGGAUACUGAUGUUGUAGCUGGAAUUAGCUCUUCCGUUAAAUCAGAACGUGGCAAAGUUUUAGUUGAAGAGCCACUAGAUUGUCUUCUAUCUUGUGUUUCGUGGAUUUUACUACUCCAACCACAUGGUAAACCAGAUCCUCCAGAUUCGUCGUUGCCAUGUUUUGGUUUCUCCCUUUCCCAAGAUGAUGAGGCACGAAGAAAUCAGUCCAGUGAGUCAUUCUCUGAUGCCCUGACAAAGAUUCGGAAGUUCGUGAGAAAGGGAAAGCUGGAAGGCAUACUCGGUCAGAAUCAUGAUGGCAGCAGCUUUACUUCCCCUGAAGAAGACAAGAACAGAUGCUUGGCUUUGGUUCUAUCAGGGAUCAUUAAGGUACUACUGAACUGCAUUGCUGCUGAGCUGGAGAAAGCACCCAAUUCAAAGGCAACGGAUCUAGAAAAAGAGCUCUCCGAAUUCGUUGAUCUCCUCGAGCCGCUUGAGAAGGAUGCAUCUCCAAAGCAAACUGGCGGCAGAAGAGGGAAUGUAAAAAGCACUGCUACUGAUACUUCAGCGAAGGUUGAUUCAGCAAGCCGAGAACUGAUUCCCUUCUCAACUUCCAAUCUCUUGACACUGACCCAAAAGGCAGCGAGCCUUUACACCAGCGGUAGCCAGCUGGCUUCUCAGAAGCAUCCAUUGAAGAGCUCCAAGGUCAUAGCUUUCGUCUUGAACAGCUGUCUUCAUCACUUGAAGUCUUACUCUUACCAUGCUGAAGGUAAGGAAGAUCCAUUGGCGGGUUUCGUUUACGGAGAUGUCAAGCUGUUUGGGCGUCCUCUGCUUGAACUAACCCUAUUGCUGAAGCGGGAAAAGGGGAAAAAGGAUUCGGAAGAGAAGAAGGAGAAUCUUUAUUUGGCCUUGUCAUGCUUGAAAGAGCUGAUUUUGAUUGCUCUGAAGAAGAAGGAUCUCACUGGCUUACUGGAUCAACUGUUAUCAGUCUGCCAUUCCGACGAUGGCUCACAGUUAGAUGAUGAUAACACCGAAGCCUCCAGGAUCAGCGAUGAAGAUGUAAGAAACCAGACAAUGUUCAUCAUCAAAGUCUGCAGGCCGCUACUUUCUCAGCUCCUUGGUGUGUCAGCUUUUCGGGAGGUCGAGAUCGUGUGCGAUAUGAUAUCGAUAAUCGGAACCAAACUGCCAUGCCAAUGGAGGAAACCUCACGGAGCUUGGGCAAUCACUGUCUGUAAAACCCAACCCAUAAGAAACCCCAACGUCGCCAGAACCAUCCUCGAGCUCUCCCUUCGCCUGACUUCAUCUCCAGAAGAUCUCAACUUCGCACAGGACCUGACGAAGGAGCUACUGAAGUUCAACCCGUUGGACAAGGACAGCCAGUUGGAAGAAGCCGAAGCUUCUUCCGACCGGUAUCCAAUACUGAACACCGCAACGAGCAGCGCCAUGACCGCUUGCAUACUGCAAGCCAUCGAGGCGGAUAUCACCGAAAUGGAUUGGGCCGUCAAGAAACUGAAGACAUUGACUUUGAUGGAUCAGAAAAGCAUUCAUCUGCCGGCUACGAAGGACACCGAUGACGACGAAUUACAUUCCUCGUCGAGAGCUGCAUUCGAAAACCGUCUUCAUUCCAAGGCCGAAGCUGUCGUUAAAGUGCUCUCCUCCUUCGUUCUUAUGCGCCUCAAAGAUUCUCAAGCGGAGCACCUGAUCCGAACCACAACGAAGCUCUACAAGCAUCUAUCCCUGAUGACGAAGCUCGCCAUCGCUCCCAAAGGAUGCAAGCAGCUCAGUCCGAGCCUAGCCUUCCAGAAGCUGGUGGAGAUCACCUGCAGGCAGCUCACGGCUCCGCUCUACAUCUUCGUCGCCGAUACGCAGCAGGAAAGUAAUGGCCAAGGAGUCAAUGACAAUAACAAGAAGGGAAAGGGCAGCCGUCUGAUGAACAAGAUCAAGAGGGAGAACAAAUGCAUCCCUGACCUGAUCUUCCAGGUCGAGGAUUACGAGAGGUACCUCAUCAGGCUGAGUAAAGUGACCAGGGUGAACUUGCUGAAAAAUGCCAAGCGCAGCACCGCGAGGGAUUUCAGGAUAGUCGACGCGCGGCAGAAUGUUGUGCCGGAGCCGGAGCCUGAGGAGGUAGCUGACGACGGCGGAGAGAGCGGAGGCGAGGGAUCGGACGGCGGUGGUGCGGUGUCUCCGGCGCCGUCGUAGCCAACAAAAUUAGAAUUGGUGU